UUGAACAACGGUACCGAGCGGUAUUCUCUUCUUCUGAAAUAUACAUUUUUAUAAUAAAUAUACAAACUAGAAAAAGAAAUAUAGAAAAAAAAGAACAACAACAUUACAACAAAAAUUGUAAAACUUUUUUUAUGAACGAUAUUUGAAAAAAAAUUAAACAACAAACUAUUUGUUGUAAUUCCAAAAUACAAAUAAAUUUGUUGAUUUGUUUUCGUUAAAAGAAAUAAUUGAAAAUUGUCAUUGUGUGUGUUGUAAAUGUGUUAAAGCAAAAACAAAAUAUAUUUGUGUGUGUAGCAACGACAGUGUGUUGUUGGAAUUUUAAUUGAGAUUAUUAGAACAUAAAAAAAGUAAUCUUUCCAAAACACACAAAAUUAAUUAGAAAUAAAAGAUAAAAGUGCCAUUCCACAGAAGAAGAAGUGAUUUGUAUAAAAGAAGUAAAAAACUCAAACCGCCAACUCAAAACGUGUAACUCUACUUAAAAGAAUAAUAAUAACUGCCAUAAACAAACAAAAAUUAAAAGUUUUAAAUAAAAACUGUUCUUAUAUGACAAACUCUAAAAGAAAAACAUUGUGCAAAAAAGUGUUAAAUUGAAUAAAAAAUAAAUUAAGUUAUAAAAUAUUGCCAUAAAGUAAGAAAAAAAGAAAAGCGUGUACGCUUUAAACGUGCACCAACAACAACAAUAUGGCAUCACAAUCCUAUUACAAGGAUGUGUUGGGCUUCGAUCCCAACGAGGGACAAUAUGAAUCUUCAACUACAACAACAACGCGUAGAAGUGGCAGCCGUCACCAUCAUGUACAACAACAUGUUCACAAUAGCAGCAGCAGUAGUGUCGGUGGCCAUCAUCAUACCCAACAUUCCCAUCAUACGCAUCAUCGGACGCAGCAUCAUCAAACAUCAUCACCAUCGGCUGCUUCAGCAGCUAGAAUCUCCAUAUCACCCGGUGGUGCUUCGCUUGAUCAUUAUGCCGAAACUAGUCCGGCAAAAAAAGCCAAACAUUCGUCAACACUUCAACAACCACAGGGUGGUUAUGAAGAUGCAUUGACACAAUUUAAAGAUGAACGCGAUGCCAUUCAAAAGAAAACAUUCACAAAAUGGGUCAACAAACAUCUUAAAAAGGCCAAUAGACGUGUUGAAGACUUAUUUGAAGAUUUACGAGAUGGACACAAUUUGCUCUCACUCUUGGAAGUGCUAUCUGGCGAACACUUGCCAAGAGAAAAGGGAAAAAUGCGUUUCCAUAUGAUACAAAAUGCACAAAUGGCUUUAGAUUUUCUACGCUAUAAAAAAAUCAAAUUAGUGAAUAUAAGAGCAGAAGAUAUUGUGGAUGGUAAUCCAAAAUUAACACUCGGUUUGAUCUGGACAAUUAUUUUACACUUCCAGAUCUCCGAUAUUGUUGUUGGCCAAGAGGACAAAGUAUCUGCACGUGAGGCACUUUUGCGUUGGGCUCGUCGCUCUACUGCUCGGUAUCCGGGAGUUCGUGUCAAUGAUUUCACAACAUCAUGGCGCGAUGGUUUGGCAUUCUCAGCACUUGUACAUCGUAAUCGACCGGACUUGCUUGACUGGCGAAAGGCAAGAAACGAUCGACCAAGAGAACGUUUGGAGAAUGCCUUCCAUAUUGUUGAGAAGGAAUAUGGUGUUACACGUCUAUUAGAUCCAGAAGAUGUUGACACUAACGAACCCGAUGAGAAAUCAUUAAUUACUUACAUAUCAUCUUUGUAUGAUGUGUUCCCCGAACCACCUGCCAUUCAUCCCCUCUUUGACAUGGAGUCACAACGCCGGGUUCACGAAUAUCGUGACUUGGCUCAACAGUUCAUCUAUUGGUGUCGCGAAAAGACCGCUUACUUGCAGGAACGUUCAUUCCCGCCCACAUUGAUUGAAUUGAAACGUUUGCUUAGCGACCUGCAUCACUUCCGCAACGAGGAAGUGUCCGUUCGCAAGCGAGAAAAAACCAAAUUGGUACAAAUCUACAAGGAACUUGAGCGGUACUUUGAAAGUAUCGGCGAAAUUGAUGUGGAGACGGAAUUGCGUCCCGAGGCCAUUGAAAAGGCCUGGUAUCGCAUGCAGACCGCUCUGCAAGAUCGUGAAAUGAUAUUGCAGCAAGAAAUCGAUCGUCUGGAACGUUUGCAGCGUCUUGCUGAUAAAGUCGAACGCGAAAUUAAGCAUGUCGAUGUCAAACUGACCGACCUUGAAAGUCGCAUUAACGAAGAAGCCAGACGUAUCGAACGCUUGCAUCCAGUGGAUGCAAAGAAUAUUGUCGAAUCAUUAGAAACUGAAAUUCGUCAUUUGGAAGAGCCCAUACAAGACAUGAAUCAAGAUUGCCACGUUCUCAAUGAAGGCCGUUAUCCCCAUGUGGCCGAACUGCAUAAAAAAGUCAAUAAACUACAUCAACGCUGGGCUCAACUUCGAACUACAUUCCAUACAAAUCUUGUGCAAAAAUUAACCGGCCUCAAAUACCCCGUCCAAGAAACAACCUUGACACGCCAAAAGCGCGUUGUCGUAGAAUCACGACAAAUUGAAACAAAUCCUCAUUUCAGAGAUUUACAAGAACACAUCGAAUGGUGCCAAAACAAAUUGAAACAACUUCUUGCCGCCGACUAUGGUACAGAUUUGCCAUCCGUCAAAGAAGAACUUGAUCGUCAACAGCGUGAACACAAAAUCAUCGAUCAAUUCCACAGUAAGAUACUCAACGACGAACGCCAACAAACGAAAUUCACUGGCGAUGAAUUGAAUCUGUAUCAACAACGUUUGAAUCAAUUGCAAAAAAUCUAUGCCGAACUAUUGAGUACCUCAACUAAACGAUUAUCCGAUUUGGAUUCAUUGCAACAUUUCCUGGCUCAAGCAUCGGCCGAAUUGCAGUGGUUAAACGAAAAGGAACAAAUAGAAAUAACUCGCGAUUGGGCAGACAAACAAUUGGAUUUGCCCUCUGUGCACAGAUAUUAUGAGCGUGCAUUUGGUAAUGGAGAUGAGAAUCUGAUGUCUGAAUUAGAAAAACGUGAAUUACAUUUUGGUACAAUAUUGGAUCGUGGUGAAACUUUGUUGAAUCAACAACAUCCCGCCUCGAAAUGUAUUGAUGGUCAUUUGACUAUUUUGCAACAGCAAUGGGCAUGGCUUUUACAAUUGACCCUCUGUCUGGAGGUACAUUUGAAACAUGCCACUGAAUAUCAUCAAUUCUUUGCCGAGAUAAAAGAUGCCGAACAAUGGCUGAGCAAACGUGAUGAAAUUUUGAAUAGUGAAUAUUCAAAAUCUGACUUUGGCUUAGAUCAAGGAGAAGCUCUGCUGAGAGGCAUGCAAGAUUUGCGUGAAGAAUUGAAUGCAUUUGGUGAAACAGUUGCCAACUUGCAGCAUAGAGCUCAAACAAUAGUACCUUUGAAUAAGCGCCGCCAACCUGUCAAUCGUCAGAGUCCCGUCCAAGCCAUAUGUGCUUAUAAUCAACAAGGACAAGUCCAAGUAGAUAAGGGAGAGACUUGUACAUUGAUAGACAACUCAGGUCGUGUAAAAUGGCGCGUACGUACGUCCAAAGGACAAGAAGGUUUAGUGCCCAGUGCUUGUCUAUUAAUGCCACCACCGGAUAAGGAGGCCAUUGAUGCUGCCGAAAGACUUAAACGUUUGUUUGAUCGCUCUGUCAGUCUGUGGCAAAAGAAACACUUGCGUCUUAGACAAAACAUGAUCUUUGCCACCAUACGUGUUGUCAAGGGUUGGGACUUUGAUCAAUUCUUGGCCAUGGGUCCUGAACAAAGAACUGCUAUACGUCGUGCUUUAAAUGACGAUGCAGACAAAUUGCUUAGUGAAGGUGAUCCAAAUGAUCCUCAACUAAGACGUUUGAAACGUGAAAUGGAUGAAGUAAACCGUUUGUUUGAUGAAUUUGAAAAGCGUGCCAGAGCAGAAGAGGAAAGUAAACAAGCCAGUCGCAUCUUUACCGAAGAAUGUAUUGCCAUUAAGGGUAAACUGGAAGAUAUGGCAAGAGAAUUAGAGCAAAUCAUAAGUGCUCCUCUGCCCCGUGAUCUAGACUCAUUGGAACAUGUUUUAGAAAUCCAUUCCGAUUAUGAACGUCGUCUACAGCUAUUAGAUCCCGAAUUGCAGCAUUUGCAAGAAACCUUCCGUACAAUUGCUUUGAAAACACCAGCUCUUAAAAAGAGUUUGGAUAAUUUAUUGAUAUUAUGGAAGGAAUUAAAUACCUUGAGUAAUUUACAUAAAGAUCGUUUGAAACUAUUGGAAACAUCUCUGGCUGGUCUAGAGGACAAUGAACAUUUCAUAUCGGAAAUAGAAAAUCAACUUGCCAGACAUCAGGAUCUACCCUCCACUGCCGAAGGCUUGGAAAUGGUAUUUAAACAGUUGACACAUAUGCAAGAUUUGAUAACACAACAACAGCCACAAAUGGACAAAAUGACAGAUGCGGCCGAUCAAUUAGGACGCAUGGGUGUGCCCACAAAAGUAUUAAAUGAUUUGAAACGUCUGCAUACCAAUGUUGAGCGUUUGAAUACACGAUGGAGUACAAUUUGUAAUCAACUAGCUGAAAGAAUGCGCUCAUGCGAGAACGCCAUAGGCCUUAUGAAGAAUCUCCAAUUACCGCUACAGGUUGAAGAAUCAUGGGUGGAUGGCACUAUAGAUAAGGUGGCAGCCAUGCCGACUGCUACUUCGGCUUAUGAAUUGGACAAAUUGCUGGGAGCUGCUAUCGAACGAAAACCUAAAAUCGAAAAUGUCAACUUGGCUGGAGGAAAACUUAUAAGAGAAGCAAAGAUUUACGAUGGUAAAUGUCUGCGCUUCAUCGAUUGGUUGCUAGAGGUGCGACCAUCUUUCGCUCCACCACGACGAGAUUUGCGUCCUGCCGAAAGUGAUCCCGGUGCCACACAGUAUUACAGCCAACGUUUGGAUUUAUUAAAUACGAAAUACGAUCGACUAUUGGAACAAUUAUCACAACGUCUUAAAACUGCCAUUGAGGUAAAUGGCAGUGAUGGUUUGCAAUAUGCUGAAAGUUUGCAAAAACCACUCAAAACUUUCCGCGUAGAUUUCGGCGCAAACAACGUACCUACUGGCGAAGGUUACGUUGCACGCGAUGAAGAUCACUUUACCACCUCAUACAGCACAACACAGUUUAGCACAACAAAAACCACAAAAAGUGUUUAUGAUGCUAGCGACUAUGUACACACCACAACCACAACUAAUGGAACGACUGUUCCAGCGAAACAGUCUCAAAUACAAUUCAACGAAAUUCAUAGUCUUAAACGUGUUCAGACAAGAAACGAGAAUGUUGGCACCGAAUUCGGUGGCAAUGCUAAACAUUUACUAGACAUUACAGGCAUAAGGGAUCCCCGAACUGGACGUGUUUUAACGAUUGGGGAUGCCAUACAGAUGCGAAUAUUGGAUGUACGGACAGGAGAAAUGAUCGUUGGUGACGAUAAGCGGAUUUCGUUGGAAGAGGCUGUUAAACAGGGGCUAAUUGAUGCCAAAUUAGCACAUCAACUCUUAGAGCCGGGUGCUGGUAGGGAUGCCAGCGGGCGAGAACUUUCUCUAUUAGAAGUUAUACAACGUGAGAUCAGUGAGGCCGAGUCGGGCUAUGAAACAGCUGAGAAGCGUAUUAAGGUAACAAUUGAAGAAUCCACAGAAGCCGAAAAUCCUAAAAAUAUUGCCGAUGCCAUUUCUGCUGGAAAUGUGGAUACCAAGACCGGUCUGUAUCGGGUGAAAUCGGGCAAAACAAUAACACUGGCUGAAGCAUAUGAACGUGGGUAUCUUAUUAGGCAUGAGUCGGUGACAAUCAAAUCGAACGCCCUGUGCCUUAGUGAUGCCAUCGGUCAUGGCUUGGUGGAUACGGCUGGAUGGAUAGCCGAUCGUAAUUCGGGUGACAAAUUCAGACUUGACUCGGCUAUUGCAAACCAACUUAUCGAUCCCAAUGUACGUGAAGUAGUUGAUGCUAAGAACGACAACAAGAUUACACUAAACGAAGCUCUCAAAUCGGGAAUUUUAAAUCCAAAAACGGGUCGGUAUUUGAAUGAAGUUACUAAAGAAAAACUGACAUUUGUCGAGGCUAAGAAUCGUCAACUUAUUGUCAAACCAUACACUCUUAAGGACAUUUGCGAUUUAAAUUUAAUGGAUAAACAGUCAAAAAUAACCAGCCCCAUGAGACGGGAAAAAUUAAGUAUAUUGCAGGCCAUAGAAUCAGGAGUCGUAGAUGGUAACAACUUGAAGUGUGUGACAAAACGUAAAGGUGAAUUGAUCACACUUCAAGAGGCUAUAGCAGAUGGCAUUGUUUUGCCAGCUGAAUCGAAGUAUAGGGAUUUCAUGACAGGCGAGAUAGUGUCAAUUCCGGAGGCCGUAGAGCGCGGUUUAAUAAGCAGUGUAUCGCAAAAAUCGAUUUUUGAUAUAGACGGUUUUAAAGAUAUGGUCAGCAAUGACUUUGUUAGUUUCAAUGUUGCCUCAUCGCGUGGAAUCUUACGCCGUAAGAGUACAGGUUUUGCUUUAGAAACUAGUCGUGAUUCACAAGUGCCUUUAGAAAUAGCUAUGAAAGAAGGUCUUAUACGGCCUGAAGUUUUUGAAAUGUUUAAUAAGGGUAUUGGAGUUCAUAAUGCCAGUGGCAAUGAGCUAAAUGUGUUCGAUCUAUGUUAUCACAAUUUAAUUGACCCUAAGACUGGUUAUUUGUUAGAUCCUAAGACUGGUGAAACUGUGCCUCUUGAUUUAGCCAUAGAACGCAAGUUUAUAACGCCCGAGGGCGCAUUACUCCUAAGUAGUCUUUUGAAUAUUACGCUGACGACUGAAACUGUGACAAGAACAAUUAACCGUUAUGUUACAAUUAGAUCAGGUUCCCAAGAACCUACAGAAACACAUGUAGUUUUAACAUUUACCGAAGCUGUGCGUCAAGGUUUCAUAGAUGAGGAGAGACAGUUGUUCAAAGAUCCUAAAACUGGUAAAAUUUAUUCAGUUCAACAAGCACUUAGCUAUGGACUUUUACAACCAGAUGCCAAUGAUCCUGUGCCUGAACCAACAAAUCGUAAGAAAACCAAAUCUACCAUUACUAUUGUUACUAAACAAAUAGUGCCUGAAUCGGAACCCAUUAAAAUGAAUACACAGAAAUUUGUAGAAAAAUCGGUAGAGAUUCCCAUAGCUCAGGAGGUUUUGAAAACCGGAAAGAUUAAUACAGACUUUAUACACAGUGAGAAAACAUCUUAUGUAGAAAAUAAUGUACAAGAAAGACAGAUUAUAGAAUUGCCUCCUGGAGGCUGGCCUCUAAAAGAUGCAAUUGAACAGCGUAUUUUCAAUCCAGAUACAGGUGUUUUCCACAUUAGGAGUACCGAAAGAGUUGUUAGUUUCGAAGAGUGUAUUACGAAAUACAUUAUCAAUAGUUUAUCUGUGUCAGUUAUAGAUCCUAGAACAAACGAAAAACUGUCUAUUCGCAAUGCUUUUGAAAGAGACAUUUUAGAUUCGUUCGGAAACUAUACAAAUAAAAACAAAGAAGUACAAACAAUGCGUUCAGCUAUUAAUGAAAAUAAAAUUAUUCUGGAACCUGUACCAGUGACAAAAACAUCUGCUAGGGAACAAUGUAUUUUACGUAUUAGUAAGAUAAACAACAUGCCCGAAAUUGUCGAAAUAUCUACACCACUUUCAUCGGAGUCAUCUCCAAAGUUCGUUGAAGUCUUGACAUUACAGCGCGAAUUAACUUCGCCCGAACCAUUGCAAAUUGCACCUGGUGCUAUAUACGACCCUUCUACGGCUUUAGUUAUAUUUACGCAUAACGGCCAAACAGAGAAUAUUUUUGAUGCUGCUCGGCAUGGUUUAAUAGAUGAAAAUUUAAUCAAAAUUCUGGAUCCUAAUAGUAAAUUACUAAUUUCAAUAAAUGAUGCAAUCACACGAAAUAUUUAUGAUCCUCAAAAUUCAACCAUUAUGACAGAAGAAGGCUAUCCCGUUGAUAUCCUGACAGCCAUUCAAAAGGGGCUUGUAAUUGUUUCGGGUGCUCCUCUCGUAGCAGCGGAAGGGGCUUUGCGUACUAUUCGCUUCGUGACAGAUCCUAGAACAGGGGAACAAAUCCCAGUUGAAGUUGCUUAUGAGCGUGGCAUUGUCUCAAGAGAUCAAUUGUCCAAAACAAAAUCUUUCGAGAGCGACACAUGUGAAGAAAAGGUUGUUGUACUGCAAAAAAUGCGUAAGAUAAUUUUGAAACCAACUGAUGCAUUUAAAAAGGGUAUAAUUGAUGAAAAAACAAAAGAUAUCCUAGAGGACAAACGCAACUUUUUGGAUGAAAAGAACCAGGUUAUAACUAUUUCUGAAGCAUUGGAAAAGGGUUUAAUCGACGGAAAUAGUGGAAAGAUUGUUGAUCCACACCGUAAUCGUACCUUGAAUAUAGCUGAAGCUGUAAGAGAAAAUAUUAUUGACUCGGAAGAAACCAAUCACAUUUUAAUACCUUUAGCAAAAUCUCUCUCUAUUCCCAAGCUAAUGGAACAGGGUCUGAUAGACACGAAAACCCAAACCAUUGUACAUCCAGAAAGUGGUUAUGGCUUAAAUAUAAGGGAAGCGAUAGUAUGCGAAGUAUUGGAUCCUUACUCAAAGCUUAAACGACCAACUAAGUGUACAAUUGAAGAAGCCAUCGAAAAGAAUGUCAUAGACCAAGACAAAUCUACAUUUAACGUCGAUGGUAAGAUUUUGAAUUUUGCUCAGGCAUUAUCUGCUGAUAUUUUUGAUAGCAAAUAUGACGAACAGAAAUCAGUUGUGACCAUACCACCCGUAGGCAUGACAUUCCCUGUUGUUGUUGAGAGAGGCCUACUAAAUCCCGAUAAAGUUAUUAUUGUGCAUCCAGAAAAUAAUAAAGAUAUUCCUCUCAAACAAGCCAUUGAUGAUGAUUUUAUUAUGUCCAUUCCAUAUCCACCAAAGGCAGAUGCUAUUGAAGUUCAUAAAGCAGUUGAACAAGGUCUUAUUAGUGUCAUGGAUCAAACAUUUAAGCAUCCCAAAAAUCAUGAAAGUUUUCCCAUUCGCGAAGCCUUGGAAAAUGGCCAAUUGGUUGUUAAACAGAUAUCUGACUUUGUUAUUACACAAAAACCACUUCCAAGAACUGAAGUCAUGGAAACCAUAACGGCAGUUCAUACUGUUACUACAAAGACUAUUGAGCUUAUUCAAGGCUACAUUUUAAUAUCCAAUAAUGAAGUGCAAAAUGUUAAAACUGGUGAAGUUUGUUCAAUUGAAGAGGCCAAAGCUAUUGGAAUUUUAAGAGAAGAAGAAAGUUCAAAAGAAACACGUUCUGUAACCGAAAAUAAAGAUAAUGUACCGGAAGUUACGACCAAAUUCCUCGAGGAUGGUAAACCCAAAGUUUUGGAAGAAACUCCAAAAUCUAUAACAUCAGAUAGGAUAAGGGAAUCUUUCCCUUAUACAACAACAAUGGAAGUUCAAACUGAUGAAAUAUUACAACAAUCGGAUAUUCCAAAGCAAAAUGUUGCAUCUUCAACCCUGAAUACGGUUAAAGAAGCUGCCAAAAUUGGAGCAUUAGGUAUAGUUGCUGCUCCAGUUUUAGCCGGAGGUGCUAUUGUUAGUGGAAUUAAACAACUAGUAAAGACGACUACAACAAAAAUCUCAGAAGAAACACAAAAAGAAGUUCCUUUAUUAGCCACUACAGAAGUUUCUCCUUCAAAAGCAACACUUCCAAAAGACGACACAAAGUCUCCAGUUGCAGAGUCUAUAUUGCCAACAAGUAAUCAAUCUCAACCAAUAUUAACAUCAAGCAAAACAACUACUUCUACUAUUACAACAAUCACAACACAAUCAGAAAAUAGUUUUACAGGUAGAAUAGAUGAAAUUUCAAAAACUGUUCAAGAAUCUACCGAACCCCAAAACGUUGAUUUGGUGGAAAACCUUAUUAAAGAUACAGAAAAUUUCAUUAAUAGUACAACCGCCAACUUCAUAAAUCAAGAGAAAAAUGGACAACAGCAAGUACCACAACAACCAAAUAUCUUCACUGACAGCAUACCACAAAGAGAAAUUUCCUCUGUGGUUAUAACUACGGAAACUUCUGUUAAAAAUACUGAUCCAAUAAAUGAAAUAACCGAAGUAUUCGAUUUAAAGAAUGCUCCAGUAACACCAUAUGUAUCCGAUGAGAAACAAACGGAUGCCCAAAAUUUGAUAGAUAGUCCUGCAAAAACAAGCACACCAGUUACGAUAACCACUGAAGAAAAGGAAUAUAAAGACACAAAACUUUAUGAACCAGAAGUACGUGAGGAACACGAAUCAGAACAAAAGGAAACUGAAAAUGAUAGAUCAUCGGAAUUAUAUCAAGUACCAGUUUCAGACUUAAAUAUUAAAAAACAGAUCGAGGAUGAAAUUAAAUCGGAAUCGGGUAACGUCCCAGUCGUUGAACAAGCACAAAAGGAAGUUGAAAAAGUGCCAAAGGCAAGUGAAGACGGAAGUGUUCAAACACAUACUAAAGAGAAGCUUUCUUCCGAAAAAGAUAAAGAAAUUUCUCAACAACCUCAAAUACAAAACAUUUCCGAGACAAUUAAAGAAUCAGUCAUUGAAGAAAGUAUUCUAAAUCAAACUACAGCGAAAAUAACUUCGGAAAGUGUCCCAGAAUCGUUCAAUAAUGAAAGUGUUGAAAAACAAACUAAAGGUGAAUUAAAACCAGAAAGCAUCCAAGAAAAUAUUCAAAAUAAAAUAACAGCAGAAUUUGUAAACGAUCCAAAUAAAGACACAGGCGAAAUUUCUAAACUUCCUGAAGUAGAAUCAACAUCAGAAACUGUUACAGAACCCAUUUUAAAUAAACAAGAAGGUAAGAAAAAUGCUAAAGAAGACACGGAAAUACCAAAAACAACUAUUGAUCAAUCUCAAAUUAAUAUUGAAGAUACUUUACAUGAGAAACAAAGUGUUGUGACAGAUUUCAUUAAACAUGAAAUGACUACCACGAAUAAACCAUAUGACGCACCAUUGGCACCAUUUAAUAACGAGGUUAGGGUUGAAAUAUUGGAAACAAAUCAAUCCGAUUCUAAACCUGCUGCUUUCAUAGAUGAACAAGCUGACAAAAUAACAGAUGCCAAAGAAACGAAAAAUGUACCGCAGCAGGAAAUUGUUGAACCGCAAAUAAUGGAAAAAUCAGAAUUAGAUCAGAAUAUGGAACAAGUUGAUACUAUUAAAGAAAAUCUAGACAAUGAAACAGAUAAAUUGAAAACAAUAAAUAACUAUAAUUCUUUAUUAUCUACAAUGUCUUCGCAACCUGGAACUACAGAUCAGAACGAUAAAAAUAAAGAACCUUUGACAGAAUCAUCUGAUAUUACAACUGUUAACAAAGACACAACUUCAUCUGAGAAACCAAUACCAGCACAAAGAAGAAAAUCAUCAAUUACCCCAGCUGCCGAAAUUGUAGGGGAAGUUAAACCUGAAGCAACGAUUAAAGAACCAAAGCAUCAAGAUAUAGUAGAUUUUAUACAAGGUGAAAAAGAUGAUCCAAAACAUGGUAGUAAUAUGUUGCAAAAUGUUAAAGAUGCUGCCAAACUUAGUGCUUUGGCGAUCGUUGGUGCACCUGUAUUAGCGGGAAAAGCAAUUGUUGAUGCUCUGAAAAAAGACGAUAAACCAUCAGAACCUAUCUCAAAACCAACAACAACCAUCUCUACCACAUCCUCAACUAUUAACGAGCCAAAUAAAUCUUCAGUUACAGAACCAGAAUCAACUGAUGUCAUACAAGAAAACGUUCCAUUGAGAACUGCCAUACCUCCUCAAACAUUAGCUUUAGGCGAUGCAAUUUCUCAAAAUCUAAUAUCGCCCGAUGAAUGUAAGGUUGUAGUUGAUGGUCAAAAACAAGAUCAGAGUGUUAGUGAGUUAUUAAAGGAUGAACAGCUUAGUCCAUUAGAUGAAGUCCAGAUUUUAGAUGAUAAAUUAGUAGUUUUGCAAUCUUUAACUUAUCUAGUAGACAUAGACGAUGAACUAAGUCCCGAACAUUUAAGUGAAUUGAAUGUUUAUGACCCAGAGAAUCAAUACUUCAUUGACCCAUCGACAGGCAUGAAGGUAUCUUUCCAUACGUUAGUUUUCGAAAUGAAUGUAUUUAAUCCAGAAACAAUACUUGUUAAAAACUUUAGUACAGGCAACUAUGAAACUUUGACUGAUGCUCUAGAACGACCUUUACUUGAUAGACAUACCGGUCAUAUGGUCGAUCCAAAAACCGGCAAGAAGAUUCCGUUCUUUGAAUGUGUAGCCCGCAAUUGGAUCAUCCGUGCCAACCCGGAAAAGGAAAAACCUGCAGCUAUUGAAAAUGUAAUCGAUCCUGCAACUGGAAAAGUAAUAUUGGACAAUGGUCGAGUUUGUUCGAUUGUUGAUGCUAUCAACAAUGGAUUACUUGAUAUCCAGUCCAUAUCGGUACGAGAUCCAGUAAGCGGUGAAGUAAUUCCACUGCGUAUGGCAAUUGAGUUGGGAGUUGUGGAUAUGCAGGCCGGUACUGUUAUUGAUAUUCAGACACUUAAAGAAAUUCCAAUGGAAGACGCAUUUAAAUUGGGCUUUUUGGUGCCUGGAGCACGAAAACCCAUUUCCCUGGAGGCAGCUGUCCGUAAAGGUCUUUACGACCCCGAAACUGGUAAACUAUAUGACUCGGAGUCCGAUGUUCAAGUGGAUGUGCAAAAGUCCAUAGAAAUAGGUCUUGUCGACCCAAAAAUAUCUCUUAUUGUCGAUACAAUUUCCCAAAAAGAAAUCAAACUAGAUUGUGCUAUUGAAGACGAGUUAGUAGUGGCCGAAACAGGUAAAAUAAAGGAUACUAAAACGAACACAUUGGUACCAUUCGAUGUUGGUGUCGAAAAGAAAUUAGUUAAAACAGAUAGUAUUAAAUGGAGUUUACCUGAAGUGCUACAAAGAGAAUAUUAUUCGCCGAAAUCAGGCAAAAUUUUAAAUCCUUCUACUGGAGAAGAAAUUCUACUUCAACAAGCAAUUGAACACGGCUUCGUAGAAUUAGAUUCUUGUUUAGUUAAAGACGAUGAAAAGAAUAUAAUUGUUCCCGGAAAACAAGCAGCUAAAGAAGGUCUACUAGACACAGUAAGAGGUUGCUUAAGCAGUCCUAACAUCAAAUUAGACGAAGCUUUUGUCAAGGGAUAUUUGAUAAGCACGAAGAAACCACUAUCAUUGGUCGAUUGCCUUUUAAGGGGACUUUACGAUCCCGAUACGUCCAAGUUCAAUAUUGACGAUAAGAGAGUAGAUCUUAAAUCUGCAAUUUCUCUUAAACUAAUUAACGCUGACGAAUUGGUUCUUUUAGAUCCAAAAACUGAAUCGAUUAUUUCGCUUACGGAAGCAAUUUCCAAGGGGUAUAUUGAUCCUGUAGGUGGAUUCGUUAUUAAUCCUUUUGCCGGAACAAAAUUGUCAUUAAAUGAAGCUCUUGAAAAUCGUAUUCUAAUUCCUCCAAAACGCAAACGAAGUUUACCAGAUGCUGUGUACCGUGGCCUAUAUGAUCCUAAAACUGGAGAAUUCAGUAACACUAUUACACGUGAAAAACUCUCAACUGAACGUGCUAUUCGUAGAGGAAUAUUGGAUCCAGAUUCGACCAUUGUGAAUGUAGCGGGCGAAGUAUUGCCAUUUGAAAAAGCUGCUCAGGUUGGCAUUGUUGACAGUCAACGCGGCACUGUUAAAGACAACGAGGACAAGCCCAUCGACUUUAAAGAAGCUUUCGAUAGAGGUGUGCUUCUCGAAGCAAAGAAACCUUUGCGUCUAAUCGAGGCGGUCAUCAAAAACGUUUACGAUGAAGUCGACGGUAGUUUUAUGGACCCAAAAACGGGAUUGAAACUUUCCUUUGCCGAGGCUGUAGAUUCCAAUCUCCUCGAUGGCGACAGUGUUCAGAUACGUGACUUUAACACCGGUUUAUACAAACAACUUAACUUGGCUCAUGCCACUGAAUCCGGUGUUAUCGACGGCAAUAAUGCUAAAUUGGUUUACAACAACCAAAAGAUUACCAUUAAACAUGCUUUUGACGUUGGUAUUCUUAUUGACACACAAGCUCCCUUAAGCUUACAGAGAGCCUUGCACCAAGGUCUCUUUGAUGAAAAAACUGGAAAACUUACCGAUCCCAAGAGUGGACGCAAAAUAACUUUACUCGAGAGCAUACGUAGCUUUGUUAUAAAUCCUCAGUUGCCUUGCUACUUUGACGAAUUACAAGAACAAAUGUACAAUUUAACAGAAACUUGUCGAAUGGGUAUUAUAAAUAGAAGGGAAGGGGUCUUCCGGGAACCCGGUAGCAACACAUUUGUGUCAUUGAACGAAGCUUUAAGUUUAGGUCUUAUCGUAGAUAUAGAAAAUGCCAGUUUUGGCUUAUACGAACUGCUGGCAAUGGGAUUCUAUGACAGGACAACACGUAAAAUAAUCCACCCAGUUACAGGAAGAAAACUUAAUUUGAACGAGGCUUGUGUUGAAGACGUCGUUAGUCUGUCGUCUAGCUUAGUGAAGAAUAAUAAAACCGGAAAGUAUGUUAGAUUAGCUCAAGCCCUUAAAGACAAAAUAAUAGAUGACACUAAUGGAUGUUACAAUUUAGGAGAUUCCGAACAAAUAGAUCUUCAGGAGGCACGAUCAAGAGGCUUGAUAGUCUCGAACCGAAGGCUUUUAUGCUUAGAACUCGUAAUGCGUAUGCAAUUAUUUAGGCCAGAAACUGGAAAGUUCUGUGAUCCCACUACGGGUGAUUUUUGUGAUUUAGCAGAAGCCAUUCAAAAUGGUUUUAUAGACCCUGCUACUACUGUUUUUAAGAAUCAUGUAACAGGUAAAGAACUGCCACUCAAUGAGGCCAUUGAAAACGGCGAUGUUGAUGUAGCUAAGGGACGCGUAUUCGACCCUAAAUCAAAAUCUGCUUAUAAUUACGACAUUGCUUUAUCACGUGGAAUUUUGGUUACUAUUUCAAAACCUUUAACAGAACGCACAGAAGUAGUAAAACGGCAAGAAAGUGUCGAACUCUUAAGUCAGACACCAGUUAGCGUUGUCGUCAGUAAGCCUCGAGAAAUGUCUUUAGAAGAAGCUAUAAAGUAUAAUAUAAUUGACCCAAAAACCGCUUUGGUUCGCGAUUUCGAAACGUUUAAAUUUUUGCCAUUUGAAGUUGCAAUGCAAAACAAUACUCUCGAUUUGAGCAAGCGAACUUUAGUUGAUCCGAAAGCACUAUAUUUCGCGUUUGAUCAAAACUUAAUUGUAUACGUAAGAGAACCCAUAACGUUCGAUUAUGCUGCCGAAAGCAAAAUCUUGGAUCUACAAACAGGCAUGCUGAAAUAUCCAGAUCAAGAACUUCAGCAACAAAUUGUUCAUGAAACUGACCAUAGUGGCGAAUUAGGAGAAACAGAACUGAAAAUGUAUUCCCUGAAAGAUGCCACCACGAUGGGCAUUAUAGAUCCAGACUCUGCCCUUAUAAAGGACUUGGCGAAGUCAAAGUUAGUACGUUUACCAGAAGCUUUCCGCAAAGGAUUAAUAGAUGCCAACAAGGCGAAUGUUUUGAAUACAAAAACGUCAAAAUUGUGUUCACUAAGUGAGGCUUAUGAUAACGGUUUGAUUGUUACGCCUAAACGUUCCUUUGGUCUACUCGAAGCUAUUUCCUUUAACCUUUACAAUCCUACCAAUGGCUGCUUUGUCGAUCCCUUCCAAAUGAAUCCCGAUAUUAUAAAACGUAAAAAGUUCUCACUCGCCGAAACAAUAACGAGUGGUUUGAUUGAUCCCUCCUCAACAGUGGUUAGAAAUCCAACAACAGGCGAAAUCAUACCGCUCACUACAGCCAUACAAUCCGGUUUAAUAGACCCCACAGAAGGACGCAUUAACGACCCAUCAGACAGUAAAAACAAUAUGGAUCUUGUUAAGGCCGCCGAGAAAGGUCUUUUAUUGCCAGCAGAACAAAGGCAAGCAGUAUUUGAGAAAUUCAACAUGUGCGAAGAAAAUGUUAAUGAAUUACUCAAGUGGGUCAAUAGUGUCGAGCAUAAAAUUGCAACUGUGGGAGGACCUCGAGAAAAUAUUGAUGAACUUCGCAACCAAAUUAAUGCUCUUAAGCAAAUCAAGGAUGAGAUCGAAACACAACAACGACCAGUGGCAACAUGCUUAGAGCAAAUUCGUCAAAUUGUAUUGACUGGCGGUGAUGUCCUAUCUGCACCCGAAGUAACAACUUUAGAAAAUGCAGGUCGUGAAUUACGUUCACGCGUUGACCGUGUUAAUGAUCGCACAGUUCGCUUGUUACGUCGAUUGGAAGCUGGACGUGAUGAACUUAAUAAGUUACGAAGUGAAUUAGACAUAUUCUCUGACUGGCUACAGUCAGCUCGUCGCACAUUAGAGGAUAAAGAACGCGCCUUGUCUGAUCUUACCCGUCUUUCAUCUCAAGCAGAAACAGUGCGAGAGUUCGUAAGUGAUGUGAUAGGUCAUCAAGCUGAUUUACGUUUUAUUACAAUGGCUGCUCAGAAGUUUGUCGAUGAAAGCAAGGAAUUCUUAGCAAUUCUAAAUGAUUUUAGAACAUCUCUGCCCGAACGUUUGCCCCAUGUGGAGCCGUUAUCGAGUGCCGAAAGCCCGAUACGUCAAGAAGUAUCAUUAGUUUCUGCUCAAUAUAAAGAUCUAAUGAAUCGUGUCAAUGCACUUCAGGAUCGUAUUUCCGGUCUUGGUGGACGACAACGUGAAUAUCAAGAUGCUUUAGACAAAGCAAGUGAAUGGUUAAGAAGCACACAGCCACGCGUAUCUCGCUUAAUUGCAGAGCCCAUAGCUGGAGAUCCAAAAUCUGUGCAAGAACAAAUGAAUGAAGCCAAGGGCUUGCACAACGAACUCUUGUCGAAUGGCCGCCUUGUCGACAAUGCUCAACAAGCAUUGGAUAGCUUAUUACACACCUUAGGAGGCCAACUAAGCCCAAUGGAAAUCAACCAGCUGGAAAUUCCGAUCGCUGAACUCAAAGACAAGUAUCAGAGUCUUCUUGAUACUUUGGGCGAACACUGCAAGAUGUUAGAUAAAACCUUGGUACAAUCUCAAGGCGUCCAAGAAGCUCUUGAUAAUUUGGGAGGCUGGGUUAACCAAGCAGAGGAUAAAUACAAACUUCAGUUGAGACCUGCCUCGCUUAUCAAAGAACGUCUACAGGAACAAAUUCGUGAGCACAAGGCUCUUCUUGCUGAUAUGCAGUCACAUCAAGUCAGUAUAGACAGCGUUCAAUCAUCCGCUAAACAUUUGAUGAAUACGGCAUCUAAUGCUCGCAUUGCUAAAAAAGUGGAGACAAAUCUCAAUGAUGUCACUUCUAAAUUUGAAAAGCUGUACGAUAAGGUUGUUAAACGUGGCGACUUCCUCGAUGAUGUCUAUAAUCGUUUGUGCCAAUAUUUGGACGAAAUUACUAGCAUGGAACAAGAAAUUGGUACUUUACAAGAUGCACUUGAUGGUCGUGACACCAGUUUAAUUUCUGCCGAAGAAUCUGCUCGUCGUAUGCAGGAACUCUUGCAUCGUAAAGAAGAUCUUACACCCUCUUAUGAGGAUUGUGUGCGUAACGGAAAAGAUCUAAUUAGCAUUCGAGAUGUAACAGACACCAGCACUUUACGCGAUAGAAUUAAGGCGCUUGAAUCUCAAUGGCGUAACAUUAACAUUACUAUCGAAGAGAAGGCAAAAUUGUCAAAACAAAAAGCUGAACACCAAGUAGCAUAUGAGGGUCUUAAGGAUCAAGUACUUUCAUGGUUGGCGAGUAUGGAAACUCGUAUUAGCGGUCUGAGCCCUGUAGCUGUGGAUUUGGAUAAAAUUCGUCAACAGCAUGAGGAGUUAAAACCGAUCAACAAGGAUUACCGCGAGUACGCCUCUACAAUUGACAAAAUUAAUGAUAUUGGUGCGCAAUACGAUGCUCUAAUUCGUCCUGAAAGUCCAGGUCGCAAACGGUCAACAUUUAGUCCUAUAAAACGAGUGAGUCCCUUGCGUCGCAUGUCCGGAGAUGCUCGUAGCCCUAGCCCCACAAAGGGAGGUAUUCUGUCGCCACUAUCAACUGGUUCCAGUGGAUUUGGUAGCCGCAGAUCCUCUCAAGAUGGCUUCCAACUCUCCGAACUUUCUCCGGUACAACAACAAUUGAGCGAAAUUAAUAACCGUUACGGUCUAAUAGGAGUGCGUAUAAAUGAUCGUCAAAACGAAUUAGACAACAUGAGCGAAGAAGUAAGAAAACAAUAUGAUAAUCUUAAAAAUCUUGCUAGCUUCUUGGAUCGUAUUCAACGCCAGUUGCCAAAAGAAUCUGUUUCGAAUAAGGACGAAGCCGAUCGUUGCAUUAAACAAGCUCGUAAAAUUCUUGAAGAUAUGUACGAGAAGCAAAGUCUUUUGGACACAACAAAAACUCAAAUUAAAGACAUUCUACGCCGCAAAUCAGAGGUUCCUGGUGCUGAUCAGUUACGCAUUGAAAACGAUAGCAUUGUAGAGAAGUGGAAGCAAUUGAGUGACAUUUGCAAAAAUCGUAUCAACUUUUCAGAAAAAUUGCGUGAUUUCUUAGACACACACAAUAAUUUAAAGAACUGGUUAGACAGCAAGGAACGUAUGCUAACGGUUCUUGGUCCCAUUUCGUCCGACCCCCGCAUGGUUCAAAGUCAAGUUCAACAAGUUCAAGUUUUGCGAGAAGAAUUCCGUACUCAACAACCACAAUUGAAGCACUUCCAAGAAAUUGGUCACGAUGUCCUUGAUCAUUUGGAAAGUGAUUCACCAGAUGCUGCCGCUGUUGAUAAAAAACUGAAAGAUGUAAAUUAUAAAUGGGAAGAUCUGGUCGGACGCUUGGAUGAACGUGCAAACAGUUUGGGAGGUGCUGCUGACAGUAGUAAAGAAUUUGAUGCUGCAGUUAAUAGGCUUCGAGAGGCAUUACAACAAAUUAGUGAUAAUUUAGACGGCUUACCAACUGAUGGUGAUCAUCAAGAGAAUUUAAGGAAAAUAGAAAAUUUGGAACGCCAAUUAGAAGGUCAACGACCAUUGCUCGCCGAUGCAGAACAAUCAGCAGCUGCUCUUUGCAAUAUACUAGGUGAUCCAGCAUCGAGAGCUGACGUUAACUCCCGAGUUGCUGCCCUUGAGAAACAAUAUCAAGCCCUACAAAAGAAACUUGAUACAAAGAAAGCUGAAACUGAAGCAACCCUUAGAGAUGGUCGCCACUUUGCUGAAAACUGUUCUAAAACUCUUGGUUGGCUUUCUGCUGAACUUUCCAAUUUGGCAGAACGUCUUUUGGUAUCAGCUCAUAAGCCUACAUUGCAACAUCAAAUUGAUACUCAUGAGCCGAUAUAUCGUGAAGUAAUGGCACGUGAACAUGAAAUUAUAAUGCUCAUUAACAAAGGCAAAGACCUGACAGAUCGCCAACAAGAUAGAACUGUUAAACGUGACUUAGAACGCAUUCAACAACAAUGGGAAAAACUUCGUCGUGAAGCUGUCGAACGCCAUACUCGAUUGCAAACUUGUAUGGAACAUUGUAAGAAAUAUGAAACAACAUCCGAGGUAUUUUUAGCUUGGUUGCGUACUGCUGAAGACAAACUUGUCGAACUGAAUCCAGGAGUUCUUUCUAAAUCUAAACUUGAUACACGUCUCCGUGAUCUACAAACUUUCCGCAGCGAAGUCUGGAAACAUUCGGGAGAAUUUGAGAACACGAAGGGUUUGGGCGAAACAUUCUUGGCUAGCUGUGACGUAGAUAAAGACCCAAUAAAGGCCGAACUACAAGAUAUUCGUGAAAGAUGGGAACGUCUUAAUAAUGAUCUUAUUGCCAGAGCUCAUGAAAUAGAAAACUGCUCACGCCGUUUAGGCGACUUCAAUGAUGAACUUCGCAAUUUAGAUCAUGCAGUAGGAAGAUGCGAGGAUCGUCUUGCAGCUCAUGAUGCCUUGGGUGGCGCAGCUAAAGACCCUAAACUGUUGGAACGUGUAAAGGCUAUACGUGAAGAACUCACAAAUCUUCAGAAACCAUUACAAACUCUUAAGGGCAUGGCUAAAGAUAUCUGUGCCGAAGCACGUGCUGCUGGUGGAGAUGCUGAACAUCUCACUGAUGAUGUGGAUGGUAUUUCGGAUCGCAUUGCAGAACUACAAGGUCGUUUAGAUGAUCGUUUAGGCGAACUUCAAUCUGCAGCAACUGCAGUUUCUCAAUUCAAUGAACAAAUAAAAACAUUAGGACUCGAUUUGAAUGAAAUUGAAAAUGAAGUUGAGAAACUAUCACCACCUGCACGCGAAAUUAAACGAGUGCAAGGUCAAAUCGACGACACCUCCAAAUUGCAAAAUAAGCUCGAACGUAUUGUAGAUCGUAUUGAAGAUGGCGAGCGUGCUGCUGAUGCUUUAGUAGAUGCUGGCUUUUCACCAGAUACUGCCCAAACCCGCGAACAAAUUUCCACUCUUCGUAAAACACUUGCUCGUCUGGAUAAUCGUGUUCGUGAUCAUGCACAAAACUUAGACGACACAUUGCGUUCUUUGCAUGAGUUUUACGAUAUGGAAUCUCAAACUAUGGACGAUAUUAAAGAUUUAAGUGAUGAAUUCAGUCGCAUGAAACCUGUUGGUUCCGAACUGGAGCAAAUUCGUCGUCAACAGGAAGAUUUCCGCAAUUUCCGUGAAAACAAAUUUGAACCUUUGGCACAAAAUGUUGAUAAGGUUAAUGUAAACGGACGUGACCUGGUACGAUCUGCCGCAAGUGGUGUCUCAACUGCUCAAAUUGAGAAGGACUUAGAGAAGUUGAACGAUCGCUGGAACGAUCUUAAAGAACGUAUGAAUGAACGCGAUAGACGUCUGGAUGUUGCCCUCCUACAAUCUGGCAAAUUUAAAGAAGCUUUAGCUGGUCUGUCUAAAUGGCUAUCAGAUACCGAAGAAAUGGUAGCUAACCAAAAACCACCAAGUUCGGAUUAUAAGGUCGUCAAAGCACAGUUACAAGAACAAAAAUUCCUUAAGAAAAUGCUUUUAGAUCGUCAACAUUCUAUGUCAUCUUUAUCUUCGUUGGGUAAAGAAGUAGCCAAUCACUGUGAACCAUCUGAACGUGCAGCUAUUGAGAAACAACUUCAUGAUCUCAUGAAACGUUUCGAUGCAUUGACCGAUGGUGCAGAACAACGGGAACAAGACCUGGAAGAAGCAAUGGAAGUUGCCAAACGUUUCCAUGAUAAGAUUAGUCCAUUAGAAUUAUGGUUAGACAACACAGAAAGAGCCGUUAAAGGAAUGGAGCUAAUACCAACUGACGAAGAAAAGAUUCAACAACGCAUUCGCGAACAUGGCCGUCUUCAUGAUGAAAUUCUUAGCAAGAAACCUGACUUUACUGAUUUAGCUGAUGUGGCAGGUCAGUUGAUGCAUUUAGUGAGCGAUGAUGAAGCUGUCAAUUUGGGUGAGAAAGUACGAACCAUAACAGAUCGCUACACUGGAUUGGUAGAUUCUAGUGACAAUAUCGGUGCUUUAUUGGCAGAAUCUUGCAAGGGUCUAAGGCAUUUAGUGUUAACCUAUCAAGAUUUAGUUGCAUGGAUGGAACGAAUGGAAAACGAAUUAAAACGCUUCCGUUCUGUACCAGUCUAUGCUGAAAAAUUAAUGGAACAAAUGGAACUUUUGUUAGAACUGAACGAAAAUAUUGCAAAUAACGCACCAAAUGUUGAGUCAACUGUUGAAUCCGGCGCGGAACUCAUGAAACAUAUUUCCAAUGAUGAAGCCAUACAACUCAAAGAUAAAUUGGAUUCAUUGCAACGUCGUUAUGGAGAACUUACAAACCGUGGUGGAGAUUUGUUAAAGAGUGCACAAAAUGCACUGCCAUUGGUUCAACAAUUCCAUGAAGCUCACAAUCGUUUGGUUGAAUGGAUGCAAUCGGCAGAAAGUGCUCUCGCUACUAGUGAACCACGCCAGUCUGACGUUCUUCGUUUAGAAGCUGAAUUAGCUGAAAUGCGACCAACUUUAGACGCGGUCAACUUAGUUGGGCCUAAACUAUGUCAACUAUCUCCCGGCGAAGGAGCAUCUACUAUUGAAAACAUUGUUACUCGUGAUAACCGUAGAUUUGACGCAAUUGUAGAACAAAUUCAACGCAAAGCUGAACGUUUACAUCUCAGUAACCAACGAGCUAAAGAGGUCACCAAUGAUAUUGACGAAUUGUUAGAAUGGUUCCGUGAAAUGGAUGCAAACUUACGUGAAGCUGAUUUACCAGCAAUUGAACCUAAAUUGGUUCGUGCCCAGUUACAAGAACAUCGUUCUGUCAAUGAUGACAUUUCCAGUCAAAAGGGACGUGUGCGUGAUGUUACUGCCGCAUCUAAGAAAGUUUUACGUGAAUCUCCUCAAAGCGAAAACACUGCCACAUUGCGUGAAAAACUUGAUGAUCUUAAAGAGAUUGUCGAUACAGUUGUUCAGCUAUGCAGUGAAAGGUUAGGCGUACUAGAACAAGCUUUGCCUCUUUCAGAACAUUUUGCUGAUUCUCAUGCUGGCCUAACUACCUGGUUAGAUGAUAUGGAACAACAAAUAUCACGUCUUAGUAUGCCAGCAUUGCGACCCGAUCAAAUAACCCAGCAACAGGACAAGAACGAAAGGCUUCUCCAAUCUAUUGCAGAACACAAACCGUUAUUGGAUAAAUUAAACAAAACUGGUGAAGCUUUAGGCGCCCUUGUCGCCGAUGACGAUAGUGCUAAAAUUAAUGAAAUUUUGGAUUCGGAUAAUGCUCGUUAUGCUGCUCUACGUCUAGAAUUACGCGAACGCCAACAAGCACUUGACAACGCUUUACAAGAGUCCAGUCAAUUCUCCGACAAACUCGAGGGAAUGUUGCGUGCUCUGGCCAAUACUGUAGACCAAGUCAACCAACUUGACCCACUAUCAGCUCUACCUCAAAAGAUUCGUGAACAAAUUGAGGAUAAUGCCGCUAUUAAAGAUGACUUGGAUAAACGAACGGACGCCUUUAGUGCGGUUCAACGCGCAGCUAGUGAUGUUAUCGCUAAGGCUGGCAAUAAGUCAGAUCCUGCUGUCCGAGAUAUAAAGAGUAAAUUGGAGAAACUCAACAACUUAUGGAAUGAUGUUCAAAAGGCCACCAAAAAACGAGGUAGUUCUCUCGACGACAUCCUUAAUGUUGCUGAACCUUUCUGGAAUCAACUGCAAAGUGUAAUGAAAACAUUGAAGGAUCUCGAAGAAACCCUCUCAUCCCAAGAACCACCUGCAGCCCAACCUCAAGAAAUUCAAAAACAACAAGUAGCAUUGCAAGAAAUUCGCCAUGAAAUCGACCAAACCAAACCGGAAGUUGAACAAGUGCGCCGCCAUGGCAGCAAUCUAAUGAAUUUGUGCGGCGAACCUGAUAAACCAGAAGUUAAGAAACAUAUUGAGGAUUUGGAUAAUGCCUGGGAUAACAUUACCGCCCUGUAUGCCAAACGUGAAGAGAAUCUCAUUGAUGCCAUGGAAAAAGCUAUGGAAUUCCAUGAAACUCUACAAAAUCUUCUGAAAUUCUUAGCAAAGGCUGAAGAUAAGUUCGCACAUUUAGGACCAGUCGGUUCAGAUAUUGACGCUGUUAAAAAACAAAUCGAGCAAUUGAAGUCGUUCAAGGAUGAAGUUGACCCACACAUGGUUGAGGUAGAGGCAUUAAAUAGAGGUUUAGAAAGACAAGCUGUUGAAUUAACGGAACGAACUUCUCCUGAACAAGCUGCUUCAAUUCGUGAACCAUUGACAGUGGUAAAUCGCCGUUGGGAGACAUUAUUGCGUGGAAUGGUUGAACGUCAAAAACAACUUGAACAUGCUCUGUUGCAUCUAGGACAAUUCCAACAUGCACUUAAUGAACUUUUAGUUUGGAUUAACAAAACAGAUGGUACUUUAGAUCAAUUAAAACCGAUACCGGGCGAUCCACAAUUACUCGAAGUGGAAUUAGCAAAAUUAAAGGUGUUGGCUAAUGAUAUUCAAGCCCAUCAAAAUUCAGUUGAUACACUUAAUGAUGCAGGACGUCAAUUGAUUGAAUCCGAAAAGGGUUCAAUUGAGGCUUCCACUACUCAGGAAAAACUUCGUAAAUUGAACCAGGAAUGGAAGAUGCUUUUACAAAAGGCCUCGGACCGUCAGCAUGAGUUAGAAGAGGCUUUGCGAGAGGCCCAUGGUUACAUUGCUGAGGUGCAAGACAUUCUAGGUUGGUUAGGUGAUGUUGAUGCUGUUAUCGGAGCAAGUAAACCAGUUGGAGGUUUGCCAGAAACUGCCACCGAACAACUUGAACGUUUCAUGGAGGUGUACAAUGAACUCGAAGAAAAUCGCCCCAAAGUUGAAACAAUUCAAGCUCAAGGUCAAGAAUAUAUUAAACGUCAGAAUCAAAUGAAGGUAUCCUCCAGUAAUCUCCAGCACACAUUACGCACACUCAAACAACGAUGGGACGCCGUUGUGUCAAGAGCUUCGGACAAAAAGAUUAAACUUGAAAUUGCUCUUAAGGAAGCUACUGAAUUCCACGAUACAUUGCAAGCAUUUGUUGAAUGGUUGAAUCAAGCGGAAAAACAAUUGGCUAAUGCUCAACCUGUAUCAAGGGUUUUGGAAACAAUCCAAGCACAAAUGGAAGAACACAAAAUUUUACAAAAGGAUGUCAGUACUCACCGCGAAGCAAUGCUAUUGCUGGACAAGAAGGGAACCCACCUGAAGUACUUCAGCCAAAAGCAAGAUGUUAUUCUGAUUAAGAAUCUUCUUGUAUCGGUUCAACAUCGUUGGGAGCGUAUUGUUAGCAAGGCAGCUGAACGUACGCGUGCUCUUGAUCAUGGCUACAAAGAGGCUCGGGAAUUUAAUGAUGCCUGGAACAACAUGAUGCAAUAUUUACGUGAGACUGAGAAUGUUCUGGAUCAAAUCAUUGAGGAGGCCACCUCAUCUAAAGAACCACAAAAGAUUAAGAAAUGUAUUGCUCGGCUCAAGGAUAGUCAUCGUCAAUUGACAAGUAAACAAUCUUUAUAUGACUCCACAAUGCGCAACGGCAAGAAUCUCAUGGAACGCGCUCCAAAGAGCGACGAACAAGUGCUUGGCAAAAUGCUUAGCGAACUUAAGGACCAAUGGACCCGCGUAUUGUCAAAGAGCAUUGAACGUCAACGCAAAUUAGAAGAGGCUCUUCUUUUAUCUGGUCAGUUCUCCGAUGCACUCGGUGAGCUUUUGGAAUGGUUGAAGAAAGCCAAACAACGCCUCAACGAAGAUGGACCUGUCCAUGGAGAUUUGGAAACAGUACAAAGACUCUGUGAACAUCACAAACACAUCGAACAAGACUUGCAGAAGCGUGCCGCUCAAAUGCAAGGCGUACUCAAGACUGGUCGCGACUUGGAACGCUCUGGUAAUAAUCCAGAUGUUGGCCACCAAUUAGAUGAAUUGCAAUCUAUGUGGGACGAUGUUAAGGGUGCUGCAGCUAAACGCGGCGAGCGUUUACAAUACGCCCUUAAAGAUGCUGAGAAGUUAAAUGGCAGUAUCCAGGCACUCUUCGACUGGUUAGAUCAUGCUGAGCAAAAAUUACGCUAUGCCAAGAAUGCACCCGAUGAUGAAAAGGUUUCUCGAGAAAUGAUGGAUAUGCACAUGGAUUUCAUGACCGAUUUACGCACCCGUGAAAAGCAGAAGGUCGAAACUUUCGAGUUUGCUGAAGAAAUUAUAGUCAAGGCCUAUCCAGAUGCUAUACCAAUCAUUAAGAAUUGGUUAAGUAUUAUUGAAGAACGUUGGGAAGAAGUCAAACAGUGGGCCAUCAACCGUGAAGCUAAAUUGGAGCAACACUUACAAUCUCUUAAAGACUUGGAUGACUGUAUUGAAGAACUUUUAGCCUGGUUAAGUGGUCUUGAAGCGACAUUGCUUAACUUGGAGCGUGAAUCAUUGCCGGAUGAAAUUCCACCACUUGAGAAGCUUAUUGAAGAUCACAAAGAAUUUAUGGAGAAUACUGCUAGACGUCAAACUGAAGUUGAUCGUGCCUGCAAACCUAAACAACUACCACCUGGUGCGCGCAAAAUGACCAGAAAGACCCCUGCUCGUGGCUCAAGUCAUGAUAUUCGUGAACAAUCACCCGAUGGUACCUUAAGACGACAAAGCUUCAAGGGAUCUCGUGAUCAAGGCCUUAAUACCCGCAAAUCAAGUAGUCGUAUGACUCCAAGUCGUGAUACUCCCGAUAGAGAUCGUUUGCCUCAUUAUGGUCCACGCUUCUCACCUAGCUCUGUGGGACCUGAACUGGAAUUCCGUUCGCCAAGAGCGAAAUUGUUGUGGGACAAAUGGCGCCAUGUUUGGAUGUUAUCAUGGGAGCGUCAACGUCGUUUGAAUGAUCAUCUUAUGUAUUUGAAGGAUUUGGAACGUGUUCGCAACUUUAGCUGGGAUGACUGGAGAAAGAGAUUCUUGAAAUACAUGAAUCACAAGAAAUCACGCUUAACUGAUUUGUUCCGUAAAAUGGAUAAGGACAACAAUGGUUUAAUUCCAAGAGCCGAAUUCAUUGAUGGCAUUUUGAAUACCAAAUUCGAUACUUCACGCAUGGAAAUGGGAGCUGUUGCUGAUCUGUUCGAUCGCAAUGGUGAAGGUUUGAUUGAUUGGCAAGAAUUUAUUGCUGCUCUCAGACCCGACUGGCAGGAACGCAAACCUCAAACCGAUUCAGAUAAGAUUCAUGAUGAAGUCAAACGUUUGGUUAUGCUUUGUACUUGUCGCCAGAAAUUCCGUGUUUUCCAAGUCGGUGAAGGCAAAUAUAGGUUUGGUGAUUCACAAAAAUUACGCCUUGUCCGUAUUUUACGUAGUACUGUAAUGGUGCGUGUUGGUGGCGGCUGGGUCGCCCUAGAUGAAUUCCUCCAAAAGAAUGAUCCUUGUCGCGCUGAUGAACAUUUGGCUGAAUUAAUGCCAAUAUUUGAGCGUAUACGUGCACAAGAGCAAGUACCAUGCGCCUUUCCUAUACAUAUGGGUGCUGGUGGCACCGUAUUUGUACGUUGCAAUAGUAGUCGUUCUGUACCAUUGAGUCCACAUGUAAUACAUUGCCAUCCUACUACGCAAUGGGUGCGCGAACGUUCUGUUCGAUCUAUACCAAUGACAAAGACAACAAAUACUCGUUCGUCAGUAUCAGCUUCAACCCCAGAUUCAUUGAGUGAUAAUGAGGGAAGCCAUGGUCAUGCCUCGGGACGUUAUACCCCUAGAAAAGUUACAUAUACCAGUACAAGAACAGGUUUGACACCUGGUGGCUCCAGAGCUGGUUCUAAGCCCAAUUCUCGCCCUGUUAGUAGACAAGGUUCUAAACCACCAUCACGUCAUGGAUCUACAUUAUCUCUAGACAGUACAGAUGAACAUACGCCAUCACGCAUUCCACAACGUAAACCUUCGGCCACAAGUUCAAUAUCUGGCACUGGUACAACACCACGUCCAUCAAGAUUAUCCGUUACCCCCACAACCUCUCGAACAAAUGGCACAAUUACACGAAAAACCGCAUCUGGAUCUGCCAGCCCUGCCCCCACUAGCAAUCGUAUGUCCAGGAUACCAGUUAAAGUAUCAAAUUCAUUGAGUGCUAAUUCCUCACCAACCAACUCCACUUCAAGUAGUGUGAUUAAUCCUAACAAUUUGGGGCGCACUGUAAGUGGCACUUCAACACCAUCAGGUAUGCAAACUCCUAGAAAAAGUUCUGCGGAACCAACAUUCAGCUCAACAAUGCGCAGUCGGACAUCCCGUGGUACAACACCUGUGGAGAAACGAGAACCUUUUAGACUAUAAAACUAUAAAGUGCAUUAUGACGAAAAAAAGUUAAAAAGAGAAACUUGAAAAACUUAAGUUUAACGCACACACACUUAUUUAUAUGGAUUCUCGUCCAUAUUUAUAAAACAAACAAAAAAACAAGAUAUUCAAACUCUACUAACCACUAGUUUCAGAUGCUAAAACUAACGACCACAAAGACAAAAAAAAUAAGUUAACAAACUGUUUUUGUAUCUCUAACACAUCCGAUAUAUUACAUUGAUUAAAAUGUAUGGAAAAAACUGUAUUUGUUUGAAGCCAUUUUCGCCAGAUGUUUUCAAACAACAAUAAUGGUUUCAGGAAAUAUUGUUUUCAUUGAUAAAAUUAUAAAACAUACACACAAAAAGACAUAAAACCUCAAUGAUUUCUACAACAACAAAACUAAUUAUUAUUAUUGUUUAGUUUUUUUUUACUAUUUAUAAAAACUUAAUUAUUAUUUAUACUAAUUUUAACUAUAAAACUCUGUACUACUUUUUUUUUGUUUAAUACGUUUCCUUUUAAAAUAUUAUUCAGUUAAUUUAUUUUAAUUUCUGUUAUUUUUUCUGAAAAAAAUAUGAACCUAAUUUUAUUUUAUGUAUAUAAAUACUUGUUUAGAACACUCCAAGUGCUUUAAGUCAAAAGAAUUGCAAAAUAAAAAAAUAUAUAAACAAAUUUAAAUUAGAAAACCAAAAAAAAAAAUAUAAUAAUUAAACA